UUCGGGGGGACCUGCCGGGCCGAGCCGAGCCGAUCCGAUCCGAACGCGGUGCCAGGCCCGCUCGGGCACGGCGGUGACCCCGGCUCGAUCGUCGCGUCGUUCCGCCCUUAAUUAAGCUGACGAAAUUGGAGCGCUCGUUUGGCACCGAGUCUCGUUUGCUUGGGGUGUUGGUUUUUUUUUUUUUUUUUUUUUUAAUUUCUGUAUUUAUUCUCGUUUCAAUAAAAGCGCGGUGGCUGCACGGGGACGGAAGGAAGCUCUCGGGCCAGGCGGGCCUGGACGAGGUGAUGGCGGCGGCGGUGCUCACCAGCCUCUCCAGCAGCCCGCUGGUGCUGGGCCCCCCGGCCGGCCCCCCCGGCGCAGAGCCCGGCGGCGAGGCCUGGAAGGAGGCGCCCGCCAUGUCCUCCAGCUGCAGCAGCAGCAGCAACACGAGCGGCGACUGGAGCUGGGACCCGGCCAGCGACCGCUCCAGCCCCUCCACCCCGUCGCCCCCGCUGCCCGCCGCCGGCGGCCCCCGCCGCCCGCCCGCCCCGCCGCCGGGCGAGGGCCCCGAGGAGCCCGACGGCACCCACUUCGUCUUCGGGGACCCCAUCCCCAGGAAGAGGAAGAACUCCACCAAGGUGAUGUUCAAGUGCUUGUGGAAGAGCUGUGGCAAAGUCCUCAGCAGCUCCUCAGGGAUGCAGAAGCACAUCCGGACCGUGCACCUUGGGCGGAAAGCUGACCUGGAGCAGAGCGACGGCGAGGAGGACUUCUACUACACGGAGCUGGACAUCAACGUGGACUCGCUGACGGACGGGCUCUCCAGCCUGACGCCCGUGUCCCCCACCUCCUCGGUGCCCCCGGCCUUCCCGGUGCUGGAGGCGCCGCCGGGCCCCGCGCCGGCGCUGGCCAGCCCCGAGCCGCCCCAGCUGAGCCAGUCGGCGCCCACCAGCCUGUGCCACGUCCACACGGACCACGCGUACCAGGGCUGCCCCGCUCCGCUCCGGCCCGGCGCCGUCGGCGAGAAGCGGCCGCCGGUGCCCCAGGCGCCGGCGGCGAAGACGCACGCGGCGCCCGUCCCGGCGCUGCCCAAGCCGCCCGCUGCCGCCAGGAAGCCCCGCGGGGACGCCAAGAAGUGCCGCAAGGUGUACGGCAUGGAGAACCGGGACAUGUGGUGCACGGCUUGCCGGUGGAAGAAGGCCUGCCAGCGCUUCGUCGACUGAGGCCCCGCCGGCGCCCGCCGCCGCCCCCGGCCUCCUUCUUGCACAUUUUGCACUUCAGGUGCCUUUGCGCCCCCCCCCCCCCGCCCCAACCCCGGCUGCCCCCCCCCCACAACUGGCUGCCCCCCACCCUGGACUCAGGAAACGGUGCCCGGGCGCCGCACGCCGGGAUGAGCCCGGGGGGUGCCGGGGGGGGGGGGGGGGGUGCUGGAGCCGGCUGCCCUGCGCCUCCGGGAAGCUUUAUGCACACAGCCCCCCCCCACCCCCAAAACAGACUCUCCCCCCACACACACUUCCCUCCCUCCCUCCUCCCACCCCCUGUAAAAAUAAGCUAACUUUCCACCCCCCCCCCCCCCCUUUCCGGCACUACGGCCCCUCUCGCCAGGGCGCCACGAGGGUCCCCGCCGCGCCGGGGGGGGCCGGAGGAUGCAUCCCCGCCGGCUGCCCCGGCCGGAAUGGGCUGCGCCCGGCACUCGCCCUCUGGCUCCGCCGGGGGCCCAGGCGUCCUGGGCGCCGAGGGCGGAGGUGGGCGCCUCCCCCCCUCCCCAAAAAACCAACCCCAGAGGGGGUUUUUACUCUUUGUAUCGUCGUUCUCUCUAAUUUUUUGUAACCAAGGAGAAAACGCUCCUGCCGGGGGCAGUGCUCCGGGAAGUGCCUGCAGGAACGCGCCCAUUUGCACUAAGCCAAACUGCACAAAGAGGUUUCUUCUUCUUCUUUUUUUUUGUUUUUUUUCUCCUUUGUGUGUUUUUAUUUUUUAAAUAAAAUAUACGAAAAGUUGUAA